CUUUUCUUUUUUUUUUUUCUUUUUUCCAAUGCGACCGCCAAGCGUAAUCCGUAUUGAAACCCGUAACGUCUCUUCCUCACCGUACGGCCGUACCCACGUCUGGAAACGACGCCAACCCGUCCUUCCGAACCCUGUCGUCCCAAAAUUUCCGCAGCGGGUCAUCCGCUCGGACGGGAGCUCUUUCACGCACUGGACCACCUCUCCGCGAUCCCUCCUCCGUCUUACGCGGGACGUGACGAACAACCCGGUAUGGAAUACGGGUCUCUGGGCUGACGAAGGUGCGAUGGAAGACGAGGCGAAUGCGCAAGGGAGGCUGGGUCGGUUCAACCGACGGUUUGACGGUGUGGGAGGUGCAGGCAGUGAUAUUGACUGGAUGGCUGGGUCGGACAGUGAGUCAUCUUCGGGAGAGCUGGUGGAUCCGAGCGAAUAUAUGAUAAAGGCGAAAAAGACAAAGAAGAAGGGAGGGUCUUAGAGCGCAUUCGAUUCAUUAACAGUACAACUUGACGUUUCUUUCUACGUUAAAUAACGUCCCACAGUGAAACCGCUUUCACUUUCACUACUACCCUUCAUCGACCAUCUCAUCAGCCAAAUACAUUGCCAGUUCGAGCUUAAUUCUAGCUAGGCCGUCCUUCGGUCCCGCUCGCUCUCCUAUAUAGCCAAAUAAACGUAGAAACGGAGAUGAAAUAUAAUGCGCCCAGGU